AUGCAUGGGAAGGUGUAUCGAGGCUCCAUUUACGAUCGUGAAGUGACUAUCAAAACAUGGGAUUUCUUUUACCAAUGUAAGCCGUACUAUGUUGACCAUCCGUCUAGAUUCUGUAAUGAGCUUGAAAUGCUGACAGGUGAAAAGCCACAUCCAAGUUUGAUCAAGAUACGGGGUUUCUGUUUUAAACAUGUACUUGCACUUGUGUAUGAUGAAAAGCCAACUAGUAAAUUUUUGUCGGAUGAGCUUCAUUCUGCAGCUGAACACUUUGGAUGGAAUGGGAGAUUAAGGGUGGCAACUCAACUUGCAAGCCUCUUCCACUGGUUGCAUGAGAGGGAAUUUUUAUUUGGUUGCGUUGAUUCUUCCACCAUUAUGAUUGACGAGGACUUCAACAUAAAAGUGUUUGACUUUGGUUUCCUCACUCAUAUAAGUGAGGAAAUAAUUGACGGAAUUGAAGCUUAUUAUCCUCUUUGCUGGGACGAUGCUCCUGAAAUUGCUAGUGGUAUUCGCGAUUUUAAAAGUGAUGUGUACAAUUUUGGUCUUCUUCUUGUGGAGUUGAUUUUCCAAAGAGGGAAUGUAUCCAGGACCCGCAAUCGCAAGGAGCUCAUAGGUGGUCGUAUAAGAUCGAUCCUGGUUAAAUCACUCCUGCAAGUUGAUGAUGAGCAAGCUAGUUGCAUCACAGAAUACUAA